AUGGUGGUCAAUGGAAAUGCUAACGUGAUCAGCGACAACUCCUUGACGGAUCCGACCAAGCAUGCCGAGGUUGGGAUUUUUAGUCUUUUCUUUUUCCCAAAUCUUUUGGAAAGUUAUUUAAAAUUAAGACAUUUCAAGUUUCUUCUCAUUUCAUAUCUGUUUUUUUUAGAAUGUGAGCGUCUAGUUUGAAUUUUUAAGUUUAUGAUGAAAUAUACGAAGUAAAUUUUUUGCAAGUCUUUUUUUUUUUGAUUUUCAUGGUUCAUUUUUCAGCUUUUCCGUUAUUUGGAAAACUUGAAGAAGGACGAGGACGGCUGGCGGAAUUCCCUGCGCACCAUCGUGAGCAAUUCGCUCAGGUGUUUCUUCACUCCUAUUUUUUUGUUUGUUCAACGUUGGGGCCGCUCCUUGUUUGCAUAAUGUUAAUCGUCCGUCACUCAUUUGAAGGGCUUCUGAUAUUGAUAAUUUCUUUGAUAAGGUUGAUAGAUCUUGCAGUUUUGGAAGAUAAGGCAAGAGAAGAAUAGAAAAACGAAGAAAUCACUUGGGAUUCUCAUUUUUUCUUGACAAUUUGAAAAAAAAACUGGUCACAAUUUUUGAUUUUUUAUGGAAUUCGAAGAGUAUGGUAGCUUUAAAAAAUGACGAAAAAGUUUUCCUGGAGCUUGUUAAGACAUUUAAAGGCGCAGAUGUAUUUUUGACCUUAAAAAUUUUUUCGCUUCGAGACCUCAAUUAUUUUUUUAUUCUUGGGUAAAAAAAUCUCAGUAAGGGUUUUUCGAAUCGGUUUUUCAACUUUACUUGAACUGAAAAAUAAACCAGAAGUCGAAUAAUUCUCCCAGAAAAUAAAAAAAGUUCAAAAAAAUUUCAAAAUGAUAAUUCAAAAAGUCUCUUUUUCAUUAAUAGUUUCAUAGUGCGAUUAAUUUAUUUUUGCUUUCCAGGAAUGUGGAGGAACAUUUUCUGCUCCUUCAAGUCAUCGAAGACUUCCUACAACGUCGUUAUUCGGCAGCCUCGCCGAAUGAUGUCCAACUCGUUCGAGAGCUCCUUCUCCACUGGAUGAAGGUUUUUUUUCGAAUUUUAUCCGAAAAGUGACAAAAUAUCUCGGAUCUUUUCCUUUUUCUGACGAUUUUUCUAAAUCACUUUGAAGAAGGCACUACUGGGAAGAGCUGGAGUGGGUACUUUAGGGUCUUGAACAAGAAGUGGAUACUAUAGGAAACGAAUAAGAGGCUCCUUAUAUAACUGCUCUUAUGGGUUUUUUUUUCACCCUUUAAUAAAGAAAUAAGUGAGAACACUUAAGAGGUCCCUUUGAUCUGAAUAUUAAAAAGAGACGUUAUAAAAUUGCAUAGAGAAGCUCAUUUAAACAUGGAUUGAUCAUUUGAACUUGAUCCUGCAGGUGAUCUUGGACCCGAGCCAACAAAAACUGCCAUUUAUCGUCAACAAAAUGGCCCAUAUUUUCUCGAUGGUUUUCGCUGUCGAUUUUCCGAUGAAAUGGCCUUCGUUUUUUGAGGAUUUGUGAGUUUUUUCGUUAUUUUUUGAUUUGAACCCCUGAUUUUAUGAAACUUAUUCGAAGAAGUUGGUUCGAAAUAGAAAAUAAUGUGGAAUAAGUAGGAAUUUUUUUCAUUUAUAACCGUUUUUGUGCGCCUAGUUAACUUUAUAUCACUAUGUAGAAGUUUUUUUUCUCAUUUUGGAUAAUUUGCUUAAUUUUGAGACAUUUUUCUUUACUUAAAAGCUAUGAAAAAGCUCUAGGGGAAUUUUUUUAUUAGAAUUACUGUUGAAAACAACGCUUUUUCGAACAAUUUUUAAGAUGAAUAUAUUAAUUUUUUCUAGAUUCUUCUCGAAUAACUUGCUCGAACCGACUGUAGUCCGUUUCUACAUGAAAGUUCUGCUUGCCAUCGAUUCCGAAGUCGUCGAUCGGGAUAUUCAGAGAAGCAAGGAGGUUUUCUUAUCACUCAAGAGAGAAAAAAAGGAAAAAUUUUUUCAGGAGGCCGACCGGAACAUCAAAAUCAAAGAUGCGAUGCGCGAAAUUUGCAUCCAGAAAAUCGCCCAAAGCUGGCCGACUAUCAUGGUAAAUUUCUUGAAAUCGACAAAAUUUUUUUCAAAAAAAUUUUUGAAGCUUUUUUGGUUCUCUUCUUUGAACUUUGCAAGUUUUUAUUCAAAUUUCACCACUAAAAAAGUAAAAAGCUAUUUUUUUCUAGCGGAAAAAAAUGUUCAUUUGGGGGGUUUUUCGAACUAGUUUACGUUGAAAAAAAUGCCGCAAAAAGGCAAAAAAUUGUCUCUUUUUUCGAUUUUCUCCCUCAAUUUAAAAAGGUUUCACGAACGGAAUCAGAAAAAGGCUAUUUUUUUAAGCUGAAAAAAAGGAUCAUUUGAGGAAUUUUUUUCUAGAUAGGUUCACUUGAAAAAAAUAGUCAAAAAAAUGGAGAAAAAAAUUGUUUAUAAUUUCUCAAAAUAACUUCAAAAUGUUUUUUUCAACUUUUUCUUACAGUAAAUUUUUAUAGAUUUUCUGAAUAUUUCCUUGAAUAGUAGGUUCAGAUUAAGGAAAAUUUUCGGGAGAGUAAAAAGUAGGUGUUUUUGUGUCGUUUAAGAUUUUUUGUAAAGUCAGAUUAUUUUUUGACUUUUUUUCAGUUUUCACUGUGAUUAUGUCCCUUUUUCUACCAUUCCUUUGGUCUUCUAGAUCGCCAAAGUGGUACGAUAUAGCUCUAAAUGUUAUUAUACCGCUUAAUCCAUAGCUAAAACAGUAACAUGGAUAUUGAUUGAUUUUUUGAUUGUUUGAUAAUAUAUAUAUUUUUUCUAGAACAACGUGAACGACGACAGCGUCCAGUGCUUGGUUCUGGAAGCCAUCGCGGCCUAUGUUGAUUGGAUCGACGUGGAUCUCAUAGCCAACGAUACGGUCAUGUCGAUUGUCAUCCAACGGCUCGGACAAUCCGCCACUUCUGAGGUUUUUCGAGCUUCAGAACUUUGAAAACGGAGUAAAAACAGCAGAAAAAGGGUUUGAAAAUUUCAGAGCGAAGUUUCAUUUAGAGUUUAAUCGGGGGUAAAAAAUGUUCCUUUGCGAAAUUACUUUGUUGAAAGCUUAUUUUGUAUAAUUUUCUCUAUUCUCUAGAAGAAUGAUUUUUUUUCUGCCAAGGCCUUUCAAAAGACCAUAUAUGGUCUAGAAAUCAGGAAAGCGAGUUUUUGAACAAAAUUUACGCGGAAAAAUGAUAGAAAAAGCCUCGAAAUUAAGGUUUAUAGGUGCAUGCAAAUUUUCAAUCAAUAAUUUUUAAUAGACGGGAAGAAACACGAUUUUUGGAUAUAGAACAAGAUCGAAAAAUCGAGAAAUUGUGCAGAAAAAAACAUUUUUUCCUGAAAAAAAGGGAAUUUUCUCAGUUUAAAAUGUCCAAGAAGCGCAUUCUGACCCUUUUGAAAGUUUGAGAAAACAUUUUUCAACCUGGACCUUGUUCUAAAGCUUUGUUAUAGUUUGAGACAGUACUUCAUACAUUUUUUAUGAAAUUUGGAAGGAGCUUUUUCAUUUUUUUAAGUCUAAAAAAAGAAGGUUGCAGAGCCUGGAAGUUGCUGUAUUGAUUAAAAAUUUGAUGUUUUUAUGAAUUUUCAUUUUUAGGCUGCUUCGAACGCGGUUUGCGCCCUUUUGCAAAAGGGAAUGCCGCCAGAGAAGAAGGUCAAACUCGUAAUCACCUUGAUGGACGUCCUGCGUGGGAAUAAUCUGUUGGCGGUCACUGAGGUUAGUUUUGGCAGAAUAUUUUUAGCGGAAUUUUAUAAAAGUUCGUUUUCUCGUACGAAUUUUGCUCAUGUUUGGUCUUAAUUAAAUUAUCUUGGAACUGUUUCUCUUCUCCCGUGAGCUCAAAAAAAUAUCUGAUGAAGAAUUGCGAAAAUAAUUCUCGAAAAAAAUUGAGAAAAAAAUCUAUAUAAAAAGGAUUAUUCAGAGCACUCUAUAGAGGUAAUGAAAAAUUUAUUGCUUUUCCAAAUGUUUUGGGGGUUUUUUUUUAAGUUUAUGGACUUUUCAACAUAUAUGGGAUAAGCAUGACUUGCGACAGCCAUUUUUUUUUUCAAAUUUAAAUUUACUGAUGAAGGUGCUUAAAAGGUGGCAGUUUUAAUAAAUUGAUGUUGAAAAAAUGAAAAUUACCUUUUUUUCGGAAAUGAGACCCGAAAAACAAAAUUUGAGAAGAAUUUUUAUCUUUGAUGUUGUUUAUGUCGAAUAGGCCAAAGUACAAUUCAAAAAAACUCACGAAACUGAGAGUUUCGAUAUCUUUAUGAUGAUGGCUGGAAUAAAAAAAAGUGAAGAGGAGGAAAUAAUGCUGAAUUUUGUCAUAUUUCAUUAGUGCAAUUGAUUUUUGGUUUUCAUUGUUUAUCUCAAAAUGAAAAUGACUUUUCUGUUUUGAGGACAGCGACGAGGACGAAGUUUUGCGCGUCGGAUCUCUAGUCAACACCCUUGGAUUGGUUCUGAUCGAUGUUUAUACAAAGUGGGUCUCCAUUAUUUAUUUUCACAGUUUCAAGCUCCUCGCGGAGUUCCUGAACCCGCAACGUUGCUCGCAUUGCAUUUUCGAAGGGAAGCGAUUCUCGUUGCCACAGCCGCUGUAG